UUCGGACUGUACUGCGUCACGUGAUUAUACGUUCAAUUCACGCAAGACGCCAUGACGGAAAAAAGAUGUUUGCCGACAAAAUAAAGCACGUGCUGAAUACGUAAAUCCAUCGACAGUUGCAAAGUAGAAAGUAGUUUAGUACAGCAGCAUGGCUUAUCCGUACCUGAUUGGGCCAGGAGGCCAGCCUUUCAUCAUACAACAGGUGCCCCUGAUUCAACAGCAGGUUUCUGUGAUUCCUCAACAACAGGUGCUUCCUCAGCAGACCCAGCCUGUGCCCCCUAAAGUCCCAGAUUACAUGUCUGAGGAAAAGUUACAGGAGAAAGCACGGAAAUGGCAGCAGUUGCAGUCCAAGCGAUACAGUGAGAAGAGAAAGUUUGGUUUUGUUGAUGCUCAGAAAGAGGAAAUGCCACCAGAGCAUGUCAGGAAAAUCAUCCGUGACCAUGGCGAUAUGACAAACAGGAAGUUCAGACAUGAUAAACGAGUGUAUCUUGGAGCACUGAAGUACAUGCCUCAUGCUGUCCUAAAGCUGAUGGAGAAUAUGCCUAUGCCCUGGGAACAGAUCCGAGAUGUUAAAGUUCUGUAUCACGUCACAGGUGCCAUUACAUUUGUCAAUGAGAUUCCAUGGGUUAUAGAACCAGUCUAUAUUGCCCAGUGGGGUACAAUGUGGAUUAUGAUGAGGAGAGAGAAACGUGAUCGUCGCCACUUUAAGCGGAUGAGGUUUCCACCAUUUGAUGACGAAGAGCCGCCUUUAGAUUAUGCAGACAAUAUUUUGGAUGUGGAACCACUAGAGGCAAUUCAGAUGGAAUUGGAUGUGGAGGAAGACAAGCCAGUCAUGGAGUGGUUCUACGACCACAAACCACUCACUGACUCCAAACAUGUAAAUGGAACUACAUACAGGAAGUGGAACCUGUCCCUGCCAAUCAUGUCUGUUCUGUAUCGUCUUGGCAACCAGUUGCUGACCGACUUGGUAGAUGAGAAUUAUUUCUAUCUGUUUGACCUGAAGUCCUUCUUCACAGCUAAGGCUCUGAACAUGGCUAUACCUGGGGGACCCAAGUUUGAACCUCUUGUAAAGGACAAGGAGUUGCAAGAUGAAGAUUGGAAUGAAUUUAAUGACAUCAACAAGAUCAUUAUUCGUCAGCCAAUCAGGACGGAGUAUCGCAUUGCAUUCCCAUAUUUAUACAACAGUCUCCCAUACCAGGUUCACCUGUCAUGGUAUCACACCCCGAAUGUUGUGUACAUCAAAACAGAGGAUCCUGACCUUCCUGCGUUCUACUUUGACCCUCUGAUUAACCCCAUAUCACACCGACAUGUAACCAAGAGUUCUGAGCCUCUCCCAGAUGAUGAUGAGGACUUUGAGUUGCCGGAUUAUGUCCAGCCGUUCCUACAUGACACACCUCUGUACUCUGACAACACGGCCAACGGAAUCUCCCUCUUGUUCGCCCCACGGCCGUUUAAUCUCCGGUCUGGGCGAUGCAGGAGAGCAGUGGAUGUUCCACUUGUAAAAUCAUGGUAUAGAGAGCACUGCCCAGCAGGCAUGCCCGUUAAAGUCCGGGUGUCGUAUCAGAAACUUCUCAAAUACUUUGUCCUGAACGCCCUGAAGCAUCGGCCACCAAAAGCUCAGAAGAAACGAUACCUGUUUAAGUCAUUCAAGGCCACCAAGUUUUUCCAAAUCACCCAGCUGGAUUGGGUGGAGGUUGGACUACAGGUCUGUCGUCAAGGUUACAACAUGCUCAACCUCCUGAUUCACCGCAAGAAUCUCAACUAUCUUCAUCUGGACUACAACUUUAACCUGAAGCCAGUCAAGACACUGACCACCAAGGAGAGGAAGAAGUCUCGAUUUGGUAAUGCCUUCCAUCUUUGUCGGGAGAUUCUGCGACUGACCAAACUAACCGUAGACAGCCAUGUCCAGUACCGACUGGGGAAUGUGGAUGCCUUCCAGCUUGCGGAUGGAAUUCAGUACGUGUUUGCCCAUGUGGGACAACUGACGGGGAUGUACAGAUACAAGUACAAGCUAAUGAGACAGAUUCGGAUGUGUAAAGAUCUCAAGCAUGUCAUCUACUACAGGUUUAACACAGGCCCAGUCGGUAAGGGGCCAGGGUGUGGCAUUUGGGCCCCAGGCUGGAGGGUGUGGCUAUUCUUCAUGAGAGGGAUCACUCCCCUGCUGGAGCGCUGGCUGGGGAACCUGCUCUCCCGACAGUUUGAGGGACGACACUCAAAGGGCGUGGCGAAAACAGUUACCAAACAGAGAGUGGAGAGUCACUUUGAUCUGGAGCUGAGAGCUGCGGUGAUGCAUGACAUUUUGGACAUGAUGCCAGAGGGAAUCAAACAGAACAAGGCCAGGACGAUCCUACAGCACCUUAGUGAGGCUUGGAGGUGCUGGAAGGCUAACAUUCCGUGGAAGGUACCAGGUCUGCCCAUCCCCAUAGAGAACAUGAUCCUCCGCUAUGUCAAAGCCAAGGCUGACUGGUGGACUAACACCGCACACUACAACAGAGAGAGGAUCAGAAGGGGGGCAACAGUGGACAAAACAGUCUGCAAAAAGAACUUGGGUCGUUUAACACGUCUCUAUCUGAAGGCCGAGCAGGAACGACAACAUAAUUAUCUGAAGGAUGGACCAUACAUCACAGCUGAGGAGGCUGUGGCCAUUUACACCACCACCGUCCACUGGCUGGAGAGUCGUCGAUUCUCCCCUAUCCCAUUCCCCCCACUGUCUUACAAACACGACACCAAGCUGCUGAUCCUGGCUCUGGAGAGACUCAAGGAGGCUUACAGCGUGAAGAGUCGAUUGAACCAGUCACAGAGGGAGGAAUUAGGACUGAUAGAACAGGCGUACGACAAUCCUCACGAAGCUCUGUCUCGUAUCAAACGUCACUUGCUGACUCAACGAGCCUUCAAGGAGGUUGGGAUCGAAUUUAUGGAUUUAUACAGUCACUUGAUACCUGUGUACGAUGUGGAACCACUGGAGAAAAUCACUGAUGCCUACCUGGACCAGUAUCUAUGGUAUGAAGCAGACAAACGGAGAUUGUUCCCCCCUUGGAUCAAACCAGCAGACUCAGAGCCACCCCCUGUACUGGUGUACAAGUGGUGUCAAGGUAUAAACAAUCUCCAAGAUGUCUGGGAAACAGGAGAGGGUGAAUGUAAUGUAAUGAUGGAGACCAAGUACGAAAAAAUGUACGAGAAAAUCGAUCUGACAUUACUUAACAGACUGCUCCGCCUGAUUGUGGAUCACAACAUUGCUGAUUACAUGACGGCCAAAAACAAUGUGGUCAUUAACUAUAAGGACAUGAAUCAUACAAACUCAUACGGAAUCAUCCGAGGCCUGCAGUUUGCCUCCUUCAUUGUCCAGUACUACGGCUUGGUUCUGGACUUAUUGGUUCUCGGUUUACACCGGGCCAGUGAAAUGGCUGGACCACCUCAGAUGCCUAAUGAUUUCCUGACCUUCCAGGAUGUGGAGACGGAGUCAGCCCACCCAAUUCGUCUGUACUCGAGAUAUGUAGACAGGAUCCACAUCUUCUUCAGAUUCUCUGCAGAUGAAGCUCGGGACUUGAUCCAGCGAUAUCUAACAGAACAUCCAGAUCCAAACAAUGAAAACAUUGUCGGGUACAACAACAAGAAAUGCUGGCCACGGGACUCUAGAAUGAGGCUGAUGAAGCACGAUGUCAAUCUAGGUCGGGCUGUGUUCUGGGACAUUAAGAACCGUCUCCCCCGGUCAGUGACGUCCAUUCUCUGGGAGGAAAGCUUUGUCUCCGUAUACAGUAAAGACAAUCCCAACCUUCUCUUUAACAUGUGUGGCUUUGAGUGUCGCAUUCUUCCAAAGUGCCGCACGACUCACGAGGAGUUCACACACAAAGAUGGCGUGUGGAAUCUGCAAAAUGAGGUGACUAAGGAGAGAACUGCCCAGUGUUUCCUGAGAGUGGACGAUGAAUCGAUGUCCAGAUUCCACAACCGUGUACGACAGAUUCUGAUGGCGUCAGGAUCCACAACUUUCACCAAGAUUGUUAACAAGUGGAACACGGCUCUGAUUGGUCUGAUGACCUACUUCCGAGAGGCGGUGGUCAACACUCAGGAGUUACUGGACUUGUUAGUGAAAUGUGAGAACAAAAUUCAGACACGUAUUAAAAUUGGACUGAACUCUAAGAUGCCCAGUCGGUUUCCGCCUGUGGUGUUUUACACCCCUAAGGAGUUGGGUGGUCUGGGAAUGUUGUCGAUGGGGCACGUUUUGAUCCCCCAGUCAGAUCUCCGCUGGUCCAAACAGACAGACGUAGGAAUCACACAUUUUAGAUCGGGAAUGAGUCACGACGAAGAUCAACUCAUUCCUAACUUGUACAGAUACAUCAUGCCUUGGGAGAGCGAAUUUAUUGAUUCACAGAGAGUGUGGGCAGAGUAUGCUCUGAAACGACAGGAAGCCAACGCCCAGAAUAGGAGACUUACCCUGGAAGAUCUAGAAGACAGUUGGGACCGAGGUGUCCCCAGAAUUAACACAUUGUUCCAGAAGGACAGACACACUCUGGCGUAUGACAAGGGAUGGAGAGUCCGGACAGAAUUCAAGGCAUUCCAGGUGCUGAAACAGAACCCGUUUUGGUGGACUCAUCAGAGACAUGAUGGAAAGUUGUGGAAUCUCAACAAUUAUAGGACAGACAUGAUCCAAGCUCUUGGGGGUGUGGAGGGCAUCCUGGAGCACACUUUAUUUAAAGGGACGUACUUCCCUACUUGGGAGGGUCUGUUCUGGGAAAGAGCCAGUGGUUUUGAGGAGUCAAUGAAGUACAAGAAACUGACCAAUGCCCAGCGGUCUGGUCUGAAUCAGAUCCCGAACCGUCGCUUUACCUUGUGGUGGUCACCAACCAUCAACAGAGCCAAUGUGUAUGUGGGUUUCCAAGUCCAGCUGGAUUUGACAGGCAUUUUCAUGCACGGUAAAAUCCCUACACUGAAGAUUUCCCUAAUCCAGAUCUUCAGAGCUCACUUGUGGCAAAAAAUCCAUGAAAGUGUCGUCAUGGAUCUCUGUCAGGUGUUUGACCAGGAACUGGAUGCCCUGGAAAUCGAGACUGUGCAGAAGGAAACAAUUCAUCCCCGUAAAUCAUACAAAAUGAACAGUUCCUGUGCCGACAUUCUGCUGUUUGCUGCGUACAAAUGGAAUGUGUCCAAACCCUCUCUGCUGGCCGACUCCAAGGACGUGAUGGACAACACUACCACACAGAAGUACUGGAUUGAUAUACAGUUGAGGUGGGGUGACUACGACUCGCAUGACAUUGAGCGUUACGCCCGUGCCAAGUUUCUCGAUUACACCACAGACAACAUGAGUAUCUAUCCCUCUCCAACAGGGCUGCUGAUUGGCAUUGACCUCGCUUACAACUUGCACAGUGGCUAUGGUAACUGGUUCCCAGGAUGCAAGCCUCUGAUCCAGCAGGCCAUGGCAAAGAUCAUGAAAGCCAACCCUGCUUUGUACGUCCUGAGGGAGAGAAUUCGUAAAGGUCUCCAGCUUUACUCCUCCGAACCCACAGAACCCUACUUGUCCUCUCAGAAUUAUGGCGAGCUCUUCUCCAAUCAGAUCAUUUGGUUCGUGGAUGACACAAAUGUUUACAGGGUCACUAUUCACAAGACAUUUGAAGGGAAUUUGACCACGAAGCCCAUUAAUGGUGCCAUCUUUAUCUUCAACCCCAGAACUGGACAGCUGUUUCUGAAAAUUAUCCACACCUCUGUGUGGGCAGGGCAGAAACGUUUAGGACAGCUUGCCAAGUGGAAGACAGCAGAAGAAGUGGCAGCCCUGAUUCGGUCCCUGCCAGUGGAGGAGCAGCCCAAGCAGAUCAUUGUCACCAGGAAGGGCAUGUUGGACCCACUUGAGGUCCAUUUACUGGAUUUCCCAAACAUUGUCAUCAAGGGCAGUGAACUCCAGCUCCCGUUCCAGGCCUGUCUCAAGGUGGAGAAGUUUGGAGAUUUGAUCCUGAAAGCAACAGAACCCCAGAUGGUCUUGUUUAAUCUGUACGAUGAUUGGCUGAAGACAAUUUCAUCUUAUACUGCAUUCUCUCGUUUGAUUCUGAUCUUGAGAGCUUUGCACGUGAACAACGACAGGACUAAAGUUGUCCUGAAGCCUGACAAAACGACAAUCACAGAGGCACAUCACAUCUGGCCUAGUUUGUCUGAUGAGGAGUGGAUGAAAAUUGAGAACCAGCUCAAGGAUCUCAUCAUGGCUGACUACGGCAAGAAAAACAAUGUGAAUGUAGCAUCGCUGACUCAAUCUGAGAUCAGGGACAUCAUUCUGGGUAUGGAAAUCUCGGCUCCAUCGGCUCAGCGAGUUCAGAUUGCAGAGAUUGAGAAGCAGACCAAGGAACAGUCACAGCUCACAGCAACAACGACACGAACGGUCAACAAGCAUGGAGACGAGAUCAUCACAUCCACCACCAGUAAUUACGAGACAUCAACGUUCGCAUCCAAAACGGAAUGGCGAGUUCGAGCCAUAUCUGCGACAAACCUUCAUCUGAGAACCAACCAUAUUUAUGUGUCAUCAGACGACAUUAAGGAGACGGGAUACACAUACAUCUUGCCCAAAAACGUACUGAAGAAGUUCAUCAUAAUCUCUGAUCUCAGAGCACAGAUUGCUGGUUACCUGUACGGAGUUAGCCCCCCUGACAACCCUCAGGUGAAAGAGAUCAGAUGUAUUGUGUUGCCCCCUCAGUGGGGAACGCAUCAGACCGUCCACCUUCCUCACAUCUUGCCAGGGCACGAAUAUCUGAAGGAAAUGGAACCCCUUGGCUGGAUCCACACACAGCCCAAUGAGCUGCCACAACUGUCACCACAGGACAUCACCACUCACGCCAAAGUCAUGGCAGACAAUCCAUCUUGGGAUGGCGAGAAAACCGUCAUCAUUACUUGCAGUUUUACCCCAGGGUCCUGUUCCUUGACCGCUUACAAAUUGACACCUACUGGCUGUGAGUGGGGUCGACAGAACACAGAUACUGGAAACAACCCCAAGGGUUACCUACCCUCUCACUAUGAGCGCGUGCAGAUGUUGUUGUCUGACCGUUUCCUGGGAUUCUUCAUGACCCCAUCCGAAGGCUCGUGGAACUACAACUUCAUGGGCGUGCGACACGACCCCAACAUGAAGUACGAACUGCAGCUGGCAAAUCCUAAAGAGUUUUAUCAUGAGGUUCACCGACCGUCCCAUUUCCUGAACUUCAGCUCCAUGGAUGAGGCUGAACUCCCAGGUACUGACCAGGAGGAUUUGUACACCUGAACCAUCGCAGGGGGUCUGAUGUCAUCAUCGCAGGGGGUCUGAAGUCAUCAGCCCACUGCAGAGAUUAUUCUGUGCAAGUGGUGGUGUGUGUAACUCUUUAAAUCAUCCUCAUCAGCAAGUUUUAUCUACAGAAGCCAAUUUGACAGUCUGAGGCCAACAAAUUGUGAUCAUCUGAAUGAGUUACUGACUUCUGUUCUUUUAAAGGACAUAUACAGAAUUUCCUGUUCUUGUUUUUACUGUACAGAGAACUUGAUUUCAAACUGCUUCGUAAGCAUGCAUUCAUUUGUGUCCAUUAACUUGGGUUUAUUUAUGUAUUGUAAAUAGUAAGUGUGCUUAUCAUUCAUACAAAGUAAAGAGACCAUUGUCAUUUGGUAAAAAUGUAUAUAAUUUUGUAUUCUGGGUCUUAAAAAACGAUUAAAAUAUUUUCAGUAUGCAUAUGUAUCUAUAAUACUUCAGUUUGGAAGAAUUUUACACAUGAUUAAAAUAGAUGUUACAAAC